CAGCUUGCCACAAAACCAAAGUCAAUGGACAUUGGAGUGGAUUCGCACCAAGAUUCUGGAAGAAGAUUUUCGUUGCUAUACACUGCGCGGAGCGAAGUCACUGCGCCAACGGCGAGCGGUACUGAUGAAGGAAGCAAUGAGAAUAUUGCAGCUGAUGCUGAAGUCAAGGAUCCGGAGCAGCAGCAGCAAGAGGCUUCCAAAACACCAAGUCUGCCAAAGCGAAGGAAACAGAUUGGUGGGGAGACAAAGGAUUGGGUGAAGGUGAAAGAAUGGGUAAAUCCAACCAUCUACCCUGCACGUACUAGAAUGGCAACGAGAAAGCUGCUGAGCUCUACAAGUGGAGGAGCCACAACUGAGCAGCAGGAACAGGCUCAAGGCGAAGAUGCGUCUUCAACGCUACGUGUGCUGCUAGCGGUAGCUGCUGUGCGCAAAUGGAAGGUGAAGCAGAUGGACAUCGUAACCGUUUUUCUGUACGGCAUUGUGGAAGAGGAGUUGGUGGAUACAUCUGCAUGGUGGGAGGUGGGCCUGUAAGUUGGAGGUCCAAGAAGCAGUCUGAGAUGGCACUAUCUUCAGUGGAAUCUGAGUAC